AUGUGGAGUGUGUCGUACGCUCAGCUGCUGACAAUAGUGACCAUUUUAAUUGAGCCAUUGGUCUGCUACAAGGCGAACUACGAGCGAGUGGAGCAAGUUUUCGGGCAAGAGUAUGCGGAAAUAGAUGUGCGCAUCCGUAAGUACAACCGAACGACGACGGUUAUGAAUGGCACGAUGUACGUUAGGCAGCCCUUGGAUGAUAACCUCGUGUUUUCCAGCGACGUGUUCCACAGCCGGCUCGGUAACCAGCAGUUCCAGCACUACCCGAUGCGACUUCCGACCAGCGGCUACUGUCAGUUCAUCGAGAAUCUACACAACGAGUACAAAACGGCUGUUGAAGAUAUGACGAAUUUUCCCGACCCCGGCGAGUGUCCCGUUUCGGAGCGGGCCAUUUAUAUACACGACAAAAUUUUCCCACAGGACGUGCUGCCCGACUCGUUGGCUCCGGGCCUGUGGAAAAUAGUGAUCACCGGAGCGCUAAUGACCAAACCGGACGAUAUCGUUUUCCGAAUGAUGGUUAGUGUCCGGUUGGUGGAAGAUUUAUUUACAUAG